CCCCCGUCCGGCCGCUCGGGGAUGAUGGCGGCGCCGGAGCCGCAGCCCCGAUACGGACAGUCGGUGAAAGGUUUGUUAUCGGAGAAAGUCUCCACCUGCACCACAGACGUGAUCGCCCUGACCAAGCAGAUUCUGAAAGGUUCCCGCAGCUCCGAGCUCCUUGGUCAGGCAGCUCGAAACAUGGUGAUGCAAGAGGACUCUAUACUACACUCUGAGGAUAGCCUACGUAAAAUGUCAAUUAUAACAACACAUUUGCAGUACCAACAGGAAGCUAUACAGAAAAAUGUUGAACUUUCUACAAAUCUUCAGGACCAGCUGAAGCACCUCUUAAAAUGAGACGGAGGAUGGCAGGGUGAUGAAUCCCAGGAGGUGUAGCUCUUUGGUGGAAUUUGCGGGGGAAGGAAAAUGUUGUCCUGGCAUCCAAACCAGAAGCAUGAACUUAAGCAAACCUUUAAUUCCAUUCAGCUUCUAUGUGCAACAUUCAGAACCUUUCCAACUGCUGCUUAGACCUGGUGCUGAUGGUGAACAAAUGGCAGCAGGAAUACAUAGUGUGCUUAUUGUCUAUUGACAAGAUGGCUUUGUGCAUGUGCAGGUUGUAACCGUAGCAGCAAAAUUGACUAUGGUCCUUUACAUUGCUGUGAUACCUUGGCGGGGAGGGGGCAGGUUUAGGGGAUUCUUAAAACAGUUCUGGCUAUGUUGCCACGACAAUGCAGCUUUUAGUCGUGAUUACGUACGUAGUACUGAUGAGUUUCUAGGUUUUCUUCAACACCUGAAUGCAUUGUUAUAGGUAGAGAAUUGACAUGCUCCAGGACAACAGUCCAAACAGUUAACACUGCUGUAUCUAAUAUUUGAUGUUUCUUACAAGGCUGAUGCUCUAAUGUUACAUUGGUUCGCCUGGCGAUGUUAAAACGUAGUCUUGAAUGAUAGAAUUGGUUUGUCGUUAAUUGCAUGUUUUGCAAGUCCUAUCAUUAGUUCCUUGUUUAAACAUCAGUGCCACACUGUCAUCAAACUUGGUUAAAAUCACUGUCAGGGAGUUACAUAUUAAGAAGGCUUUGGGGUGUGAUUUACAGGUGUCUAUUUGAAAAGUUAAGAUGUAUUUAAUAUUUAAUUGAAUAACUCUGAUGUCAACAUUGUAAAACAGGCUUUCAUAGCCUCACAAAUUAAUGUUGUAUAACACUCACUGUUGCUAAGUUAUAUUUGUUGCUUCACUGGAAGCGGCACUAACCUCUUGUUACAUCCUCCAAUGUAAGAGCGAUUCCAGCUCUUUGAGAUUUAUCAGUAGCUUCUCUUUGUGAUAACUCUAUGUUUUUGUCUGUGUUCCUCCAUUCUCCAAAGUUAAUUUGGGCUCUUGCAGCCCAUUUAUGUUUGCAAACUGUGCCUCAUCCUGCAUAAGCUUGUCCAGAAGUGAGUACAUGUAAGAAGCAUAAAGUUAACAACAUAGGGACUUAAUGUUCUACUGUAGUGGAACCUUCUGUAUAAUAGGUGCAUCCGUGCACUCUGAUGUUAAAAUGCAUAUCUCAUUUUUUUAUUUGUUACAAAGCUAAGUUUAAAAACUAAAAUUGAAUUGUUAAAGCAA